AUGUCAGACACUUCGACUUACAAGUUCAACCAUACCAUGCUCCGGGUCAAGGACCCUCAGCGGUCCGUCAAGUUCUACGAGCACCUCGGCAUGAAGAUGGUCAACAAGAUGGAGAACCCCGACGCCAAGUUCGAUCUCUACUUCAUGGCCUACGACGACCCCAAGUCUGUUUCCCACGCCAAGCACUGGUCAGACCGCGAGGGCCUCAUUGAAUUGACCCACAACUACGGCACCGAGAAGGACGACAACUACACAGUCAACAACGGCAAUGGCAAGGAGAACCGCGGUUUCGGCCAUGUCUGCAUCAGCGUCGACAACAUUCAGGACGCUUGCAAGCGUAUCUCUGAUGCCGGUUACUCCUUCCAGAAGCGCCUCGAGGACGGCCGCAUGCGUUCCAUCGCUUUUGCUCUGGACCCCGACAACUACUGGGUCGAGAUCAUCUCCCAGAACCCCGUCAGCGAGACCGAGGGCAACAAGACUGACGUCUCCACAUACCGCAUGAAUCACACCAUGAUCAGAGUCAAGGACGCUCAGAAGUCUCUCAAAUUCUACCAAGAAACAAUGGGCAUGACACUGCAGCGCACUUCGGAGCAAAAAGAGGCUGGCUUCACUCUCUACUUCCUCAGCUACGGUCCCAAGGCUCCUGAGCAGUCUGCAAAUGGCGUCAACCCUAUUGCUGAUCGCGAGGGUAUCCUUGAGCUCACAUGGAACCAUGGCUCCGAGAGCGAUGACAGUGUCAAGUACCACAACGGCAACGAUGAGCCACAAGGAUUCGGCCACAUUUGCGUCUCUGUCGACGACCUGGACGCUGCCUGCAAGCGCUUCGAAGACAAGAACGUUGCAUGGAAGAAGCGCUUGACAGACGGUAGAAUGAAGAACGUUGCCUUUAUCCUCGACCCCGACAACUACUGGAUCGAGGUUAUCCAAAACGAGAAGCUCAAGAACAGAGCUAACUGGUAA